AUGGAGUAUCUCGAAGCCAUCGUCGAUAGCACCCACUCCCCUCCCCACUCGCGCUCACAGCCCACUGGACAUACGCGCUCGGCCUCUAACUACCGCACCCGUUCCCUAUCGCCGUUGCGUCCGCGCCCGAGCCAGCGCAGCUUUUGGGGCCUACGCAAAUCUACCGGCAAUGGCGCCUCGGCCUCGUCGGUCUUUGUGGUCGCCACUCUUCAUCUUCCUCUUCAUACUAUCGUCGCUCGCCACGCCCUAAUUACCUCACCCGUCUCUACAAGAAGCUGCGCCGUCUAUUGCGCGAUCUCAUCUACUACAUCCAGCGCCAUCCGCUCAAGGUCUUCACUCUCGUAA